AUGCGAAGAGCUGUCCAGCAGAUCCUCCUGGCUUUAUUCAGCCUCACAGCAGUAGUGUAUAAGAAGGAGGCUAUUGCGCUAGAAGUCAAAACCAUGGAUGCUGAGCAAAAUAAACAAGACUCUCUUCCUGAAGGAGUCACUGGAACCCUUGAUGCCAGUGAUUCCAUGAGAUUACUUCAGCUUUUUAGCCUCAAAGGAGACAAGACUCUCAAGUCAUGUAUCACAGUCCUCAAACUGUCCUUGUUGGAAUUUACUGCAAACUUUAAUAACAAUUACCUGUCUUCCUGUGCAGGAGAAAAGAACUGCAAAGAGCUGUUAGACAAAGGAUACAGGAUGAGUGGUUGGUACACCAUUUAUCUCCCAAACUGUAUGGCCAUCAAUGUAUUGUGUGACAUGCAUACGGAAGGAGGUGGAUGGAUAGUCUUUCAGAGGAGAAUAGAUGGUUCUGUAGAUUUUUUCCGUAAUUGGGAAGAAUACAAGAAAGGUUUUGGCAGCCAACUAACAGAUUUCUGGUUAGGGAAUGAAUAUAUUCACUUUCUGACAUCUUUUGGUACUCAGGAACUUCGCAUUGACCUCAUGGAUUUCAGUUACAAACGCACAUUUGCCAAGUAUGAAUCAUUCAAAAUAUUUUCAGAGCGAGACAAUUACAAGCUGAGUCUUGGAAGUUUCCUUUUAGGUACUGCAGGGGAUUCAUUGUCAGUCCACCAUAUGAUGCCAUUUUCAACUAAAGACCGAGAGCAAGAUCCUCAGUCAAACCAGUGUGCAACAACCUACAAAGGUGCUUGGUGGUUCAAUGAUUGCCUAGAUUCCAAUUUAAAUGGGAUGUAUGAGAAUGGAGAACAGGAUACAUAUGCAGGUGGUAUAAUCUGGAAGGCAGACAAAGGAUAUUAUUACUCCUACAAACAGACUGAAAUGAAAUUUCGCCCCAUUUAA